CCCUAACCUACUACCACGAACCAUUCCAAUAUGCAGGAGUGGUUGAAGUUCUCUUGUUAGGACAUUUAAAGGGGGAAUAAUUCCCAAGUGAACACGCAACGAUAAAUUUUAUUGAGCAAUUAAAUUGAGAAAAACAUUUAAUGCACCCAAUAAAGAGCAACAAGAUAAAUUUCCCUUCUCUACCCUCCCCCGCAGGCACUCAUGGUACCGGCGCCUCUAGCUACCCCAACGCCACCGACGGGUGCUGACUGGGACAAUUCAAGUCAUGCAGGUUGUAAGAAACGUGGGGUCUUGGAUCCUGCGGGCAUGGACUGGGUCCCAGACCACCCGGAUUAUGGCGGAAGUCCCAGCCCGGACCGUCCACACUGGCGCCCAGGAGAUGCACGAUGCAGCGGCCAAACAGGAAAUUGAGCAGGAGCCUACGAGCCACAGCAGAUUCAGCCUUUACCCUCCAUUUCCAGGAGAAGAGAGCUCUCUACGAUGGGCAGGGAAGAAAUUUGAAGAGAUCCCAAUUGCACACAUUAAAGCAACCUACAACAACACACACAUCCAGGUGGUCUCCUACAAUAAUGUGCCCCUCGCCCGCACUUCCUGUGGCACAGAAGGGUUUCGGAAUGCCAAGAAGGGCACGGGCAUCGCAGCACAGACGGCAGGCAUAGCCGCAGCGGCGAAAGCUACGGUGAAGGGUGUGACCCACAUCCGAGUUGUGGUGAAAGGCCUGGGCCCGGGGCGCUGGUCUGCCAUCAAGGGCCUGACCAUGGGCGGCCUGGAAGUGAUCUCUAUCACAGACAACACCCCUCACCCACACAACGGCUGCCGCCCCAGGAAGGCCCGGAGGCUGUGAUGGGAAGGGAACCUGCACUGGAGCCUGACCUCAGCUCUCACCUCCGGCUGGACCUCUCAAAGCCCCCUGGCAAAGCGACCCUGAAAGAGGGCUCACUGGAGACUUUUGGGCUCCCUGAAUGUCCUCCUCACUGCAGCCUUUGCUCCCACCCCUACUGGAGAAGGAUGUGCCCCCUGACCCAUGCUGUGCCUCUGAAUGCAAAGGGAGCUGUGGGGACAGCAGGGCCCCAGGCUCCGGCCUCUGCUCUUUGGAAAUAAAGGACUUUGACCAUCUGUA